UGUCUUUUCGUGAGGCGUGCUUCAAUUUUGCGACGACGAAAGCAAACGCUGUCGUUGUUUUUUGAGUGCGCGUGAUUAUGUCGCUCUGUCAUCGUUGAUCAGCGAGUUAUCAUCUUAAGCUUGCGACGUUCAACGCGUCCGCAAACGACGAGCCCGAUCAUCUGCCGCAAAGCAACCAGCGCUUGGUUUCGUUUUCGGAGCGCGCGCUCUUUUUCGACACGACCCACUUCACUGGUGUACUCGCUGUGCUCGAGCGGCCGUUGGAAACAGUGGGCGCAGCAUUAGCGCGUGUGGUUGUGGGUGUUGCCUCUGGAGAAGCCUUCCUGCUGGGGUGUGUUGCUGUGAGUGCCAUCGGGAAGCGCCAGAGUGGAAGCGGCGUUGCGAUCCCCGCUUUCGCCUGGCAUCUUUGAGGCAGUGCUGGACGAGCCAGGAGUCGAAAUGCCUGUCGCCUCAGGCGCAUCGCCUCCGUCGCCAAUGGCAAGUGGUGCGGAAUCCAAGACUGGUGGACGGAGGGUGUCCAAGCCGCUGAUGGAGAAACGACGUCGGGCGCGCAUCAACCGCUGCCUGAACCAGCUCAAGGCAUUUCUCGUGGACCCGUCGAAACCAGAGAGCCCGCGUCAGUCGAAGCUGGAGAAAGCCGACAUCCUCGAGAUGACCGUGUGCCACUUGCAAGCCCUGCACCGGCAGCGAAGAACAGCCCGCCUCCUGGACGACCCCGAGGUUCGCCACAAGUUCCGUGCGGGCUUCGAGGAGUGCAUCCUCGAGAUCCGCCGCUUCCUGUGCUCGCUGGCCGAGCAGCAGCACCAGACGAGCCCGUGCUUCGACCCCGUGGCAUCUCGCGAACGCAUCUUGGGACAUCUGCAACGACGGGCCAGGGAAAUCCAGGACCCCGAUGGGGCCCUUGCGCAGUGCACUUCAGCGCCGGCAGGUCCCGACGCCUCCAGCGAUCCGCCUGUUCGGACUUCGCGGCGACUCGCUCCCAACGAAGCCUCCACUCCAGAGUCCAACCACAGCUCCCUGGACGCGACGGCCUCGAGCGAUGAGCUGGCCUCGGAGACGUCGUCCUCGAGGUCUCCCUCGCCGUCCGACGUCGUCGUGUCCCACGCUGACGUGCGGUUGCGGCCCAAGAGGCUUCGCAACGGGGACCUGGUGCUCGUGCUACCGAGAGACCUGGUCGCCAACGCCAGGAUCGUCGCCGCGGCGGCCCCGACCGCAGAACCCGACGUCAAGCAGCCCACUUCGCAGUCGCAGGCCUCGACGUCGUCCGUGUUGGACGCCCGGGAAGUUUCAGCGGCGUCGACGUCGCCCGAGGUCUCGUCGUCCACGUCGUCCGCGUCUGUGGUGGCCGAGGAAGUGAUCUCGCCUCCGGUAGCUCUACCAUCUGUGUCCUCCUCACCCACUUCUUCCACAUCAUCCUGUUCCCUCCCUUCGUCGUUGCAAGUUACACCUGCGGUCGAAGGAAUUUCACAUGAUGACGUCUGGAGGCCUUGGUGACGAAAGUCGCGUUGCCGCUUUUCUC